CAGGAGGCAGGGAGAGGCGGGAAGGGUGUGCGUGAUGGAGAAAAUUGGGCACCAGGGCUGCUCCCGAGAUUCUCAGAUCUGAUUUCUACGCUUGCUCCCAAAAUAGUCUGGGCAGGCCACUUUUGGAAGUAGGCGUAUCUAGUGAGCAGGCGGCCGCUUUCGAUUUCGCUUUCGCCUAAAUGGCUGAGCUUCUCGCCAGCGCAGGAUCAGCCUGUUCCUGGGACUUUCCGAGAGCCCCACCCUCGCUCCCUCCCCCAGCCGCUAGUAGGGGCGGACCCCGCGGCACCUAGAGCCUCAGGCCCCACCGGGGCGCGGAGAGUCCCAGGCCCCGCCGGGACCGGGACUGGGACGGCGUCCGGGUGCCAAUGGCUAGCUCUAGGUUCCCCGCUCCCCAUGGGUGCCGCUGCCUCCCCGGAGCUUCUCUCGCAUGGCUGGGGACCGUACUGCUACUUCUCGCCGACUGGGUGCUGCUCCGGACCGCGCUGCCCCGCAUAUUCUCCCUGCUGGUGCCCACCGCGCUGCCGCUGCUCCGGGUCUGGGGGGUGGGCCUGAGCCGCUGGGCCCUGCUCUGGCUGGGGGCCCGCGGGGUCCUCAGGGCAACGGUUGGCUCCAAGAGCGAAAACGCAGGUGCCCAGGGCUGGCUGGCUGCUUUGGAGCCAUUAGCUGCGGCACUGGGCUUGGCCCUGCCAGGACUUGCCUUGUUCCGAGAGCUGAUCUCAUGGGGAGCCCCCGGGGCCGCGGAUAGCACCAGGCUACUGUACUGGGGAAGUCACGCUAGCGCCUUCGUCAUCAGUUAUGCAGCGGCACUGCCCGCAGCAGCCCUGUGGCACAAACUCGGGAGCCUCUGGGUGCCCGGCGGUCAGGGCGGCUCUGGAGACCCUGUGCGUCGGCUUCUAGGCUGCCUGGGCUCGGAGACGCGCCGCCUCUCGCUGUUCCUGGUCCUGGUGGUCCUCUCCUCUCUUGGGGAGAUGGCCAUUCCAUUCUUUACGGGCCGCCUCACUGACUGGAUUCUACAAGAUGGCUCAGCUGAUACCCUCACUCGGAACUUAACUCUCAUGUCUAUUCUCACCAUAGCCAGUGCAGUGCUGGAGUUCAUGGGUGAUGGGAUCUAUAACAACACCAUGGGCCGUGUGCACAGCCACUUGCAGGGAGAGGUGUUUGGGGCUGUCCUGCGCCAGGAGACAGAGUUUUUCCAACAGAACCAAACAGGUAACAUCACGUCUCGGGUAACAGAGGACACGUCCGCCCUGAGUGAUUCUCUGAGUGAGAAUCUGAGCUUAUUUCUGUGGUACCUGGUGCGAGGCCUAUGUCUCUUGGGGAUCAUGCUCUGGGGAUCAGUGUCCCUCACCAUGGUCACCCUGGUCACCCUGCCUCUGCUUUUCCUUCUGCCCAAGAAGGUGGGAAAGUGGUACCAGUUGCUGGAAGUGCAGGUGCGGGACUCUCUGGCAAAGUCCAGCCAGGUGGCCAUUGAGGCUCUGUCGGCCAUGCCUACGGUUCGAAGCUUUGCCAACGAGGAGGGCGAAGCCCAGAAAUUUAGGGAAAAGCUGCAAGAAAUGAAGACACUCAACCAGAAGGAGGCUCUGGCCUAUGCAGUCAACUCCUGGACCACUAGUAUUUCAGGUAUGCUGCUGAAGGUGGGAAUCCUCUACAUCGGUGGGCAGCUGGUGACCAGUGGGGCUGUAAGCAGUGGGAACCUUGUCACAUUUGUUCUCUACCAGAUGCAGUUCACCGAGGCUGUGCAGGUACUGCUGUCUGUCUACCCCAGAGUACAGAAGGCUGUGGGCUCCUCAGAGAAAAUCUUUGAGUACCUGGACCGCACCCCUCGCUGCCCACCCAGUGGUCUGUUGACUCCCUUACACUUGGAGGGCCUUGUCCAGUUCCAAGAUGUCUCCUUUGCCUACCCAAACCGUCCAGAUGUCUUAGUGCUACAGGGGCUGACAUUCACCCUACGCCCUGGCGAGGUGACGGCGCUGGUGGGACCCAAUGGGUCUGGGAAGAGCACAGUGGCUGCCCUGCUGCAGAAUCUGUACCAGCCCACCGGGGGACAGCUGCUGUUGGAUGGGAAGCCUCUUCCCCAAUAUGAGCACCGCUACCUGCACAGGCAGGUGGCUGCAGUGGGACAAGAGCCACAGGUAUUUGGAAGAAGUCUUCAAGAAAAUAUUGCCUAUGGCCUGACCCAGAAGCCAACUAUGGAGGAAAUCACAGCUGCUGCAGUAAAGUCUGGGGCCCAUAGUUUCAUCUCUGGACUCCCUCGGGGCUAUGACACAGAGGUAGGCGAGGCUGGGAGCCAGCUGUCAGGGGGUCAGCGACAGGCAGUGGCGUUGGCCCGAGCAUUGAUCCGGAAACCAUGUGUACUUAUCCUGGAUGAUGCCACCAGUGCCCUGGAUGCAAACAGCCAGUUACGGGUGGAGCAGCUCCUGUAUGAAAGCCCUGAGCGGUACUCCCGCUCAGUGCUUUUCAUCACUCAGCACCUCAGCCUGGUGGAGCAGGCUGACCACAUCCUCUUUCUGGAAGGAGGCGCUAUCCGGGAGAGGGGAACCCACCAGCAGCUCAUGGAGAAAAAGGGGUGCUACUGGGCCAUGGUGCAGGCUCCUGCAGAUGCUCCAGAAUGAAAGCCUUCUCAGACCUGCGCACUCCAUCUCCCUCCCUUUUCUUCUCUCUGUGGUGGAGAACUACAGCUGCAGAAUAGGCAGCUGCCUCUAGGAUGAGUUAUUUGAAAUUUGCCUUGAGUGUGUUACCUCCUUUGCAAGCUCCUCGUGAUAAUGCAGACUUCCUGGAGGACAAACACAGGAUUUGUGAUUGCUUAGUGUAACGGGGUUUAGAGCCAGGGUUGAUGCUUUGAUGUGGCCAGCACUCUGAAAACUGAGAAAUGUUCAGAAUGUACAGAAAGAUGAUCAGCUAUUUUCAAUAUGACUGAAGGCAUAUGCUGGCCCAUAAACACCCUGUAGGUUCUUGAUUAUUUAUAAUAAAAUUGGUGUUUUGUAC